GGGGGCGGAGGCGCGGGCGGCCGAGCCGAAUCCCCUCCACCGGGACGCCCCGCUGCCGCUCGGGAAGAGGCGGGCCCUGCGCGCCCUGCGCUCGCCAUGGCGGUUUGGGCGGCGACGUGAGCGGCUCCGCGGACCCCGAGCGGGGCCCCGGCCGCGACCUGAGCCGCCGCCGAGCGCCCGGGGCCAUGCGACCGACGCUGCUGUGGUCGCUGCUGCUGCUGCUCGGAGUCUUCGCCGCCGCCGCCGCGGCCCCGCCAGACCCUCUUUCCCAGCUGCCCGCUCCUCAGCACCCGAAGAUUCGCCUGUACAACGCAGAGCAGGUCCUGAGUUGGGAGCCAGUGGCCCUGAGCAAUAGCACGAGGCCUGUUGUCUACCGAGUGCAGUUUAAAUACACCAACAGUAAAUGGUUCAUGGCCGACAUCAUGUCCAUAGGGGUGAAUUGUAUACAGAUCACAGCAACAGAGUGUGACUUCACUGCCACCAGACCCUCAGCAGGCUUCCCAAUGGAUUUCAAUGUCACUCUACGCCUUCGAGCUGAGCUGGGAGCACUCCAUUCUGCCUGGGUGACAAUGCCUUGGUUUCAGCACUAUCGGAAUGUGACUGUCGGGCCUCCAGAAAACAUUGAGGUGACCCCAGGAGAAGGCUCCCUCAUCAUCAGGUUCUCCUCUCCCUUUGACAUCGCUGAUACCUCCACGGCCUUUUUUUGUUAUUAUGUCCAUUACUGGGAAAAAGGAGGAAUCCAACAGGUCAAAGGCCCUUUCAGAAGCAACUCCAUUUCAUUGGAUAACUUAAAACCCUUCAGAGUGUACUGUUUACAAGUCCAGGCACAACUGCUUUGGAACAAAAGUAACAUCUUUAGAGUCGGGCAUUUAAGCAACAUAUCUUGCUACGAAACAAUGGCAGAUGCCUCCACUGAGCUUCAGCAAGUCAUCCUGAUCUCCGUGGGAACAUUUUCGUUGCUGUCAGUGCUGGCAGGAGCCUGUUUCUUCCUGGUCCUGAAAUACAGAGGCCUGAUUAAAUACUGGUUUCACACUCCACCAAGCAUCCCAUUACAGAUAGAAGAGUAUUUAAAGGACCCAACUCAGCCCAUCUUAGAGGCCUUGGACAAGGACAGCUCACCAAAGGAUGACGUCUGGGACUCUGUGUCCAUUAUCUCGUUUCCGGAAAAGGAGCAAGAAGAUGUUCUCCAAACGCUUUGAACCAAAGCAUGGGCCUAGCCCACCGGCUCCCUGGAAGAGAUCAUCAAGCCAUCGGAGCUGCUAGAGUUCUGUCUGGACUUUCCAGAGACCAGUAUUCCCUUUUGCUGCCUCUAAAAGGCCUGUCCCUGCAGACAUGAGAGAGCAGGUCUGAGACAGCAGGUCUCAUGGGGGUGACAAGCUUUUUUUUUUUUUUUUCUUAAAGAAUUUUCAAAAUCAAACAAGUUUCCAGAAUGAUUUUACGGAGAUAUCCCAGGAAAAUUAAGGCUUCUCUUAAACACUAAAAAGGCAUGUAAUUGCUUGUUAGCAAAAUGGAUAUGACACAUCUCUGAUACUUUUUUCAUUAUUGGUUGGGCUGAGCAGUCAGAAGACCUGGUCGUCUUCUUGACUUUGGCAAAUGAGCCAGAGCCCCUUGGGCAGGUCACACAACCUGUCCCAGCGAGGGACACUGAGUGGCCCUUCAUGUACAUCCAUGGUGUGCUGGCUUAAAAUGUAAUAAAUCUUGUAAAUAUACUCCUAGUAAUUUAAGAUUUUGUUUUUAAACUGGAAAUAAAAGAUUGUAUAGUGCA